AUGCCUCCACGGAAAUCGCGAGACUCACUCCAGAGCGGAAAGCCGCCCAAAGGGAAACCCCAAUCCGGCCCCCGAAAUCCCAAGAAAGCACAACGGCGCGCUCAAAACGCUUUCUCGAUCGCAGGCUACGAUGCUUCAGACCGUACCAAGAUACGCAAAAGUCGCCUCGGUGAAAUCGAAGGCGCUACACACCGAAAACGACCACGUGAUGAAGAGGAUGAGGAGGGAGAAGACGAAGAAGAGCAAGAUGUGAAGCGGGGCAAGCGGAGGCGAGCAGGAGACGAGAGCUUCGAUGAGGGAAGCGAUUCCGAGGGGAAUACCUGGACUAUGGGCCAUGUGGAGGACGACGAUGACAGCGAUAUUGAUAGUGACGAGGCUUUCGGGGAGAGUGAUGAGGAGAGGUUUGAGGGGUGGACGUUCCGUGGGAGUUCAAGCAAUCAAAAGAGUGGGAAGCCGAAGAGAGUGAGACUUGCAAAAGAGAUGGAUGAUGCAGACGGAGAAAUUGAUCUGGAUGAGGCAGAAAGUGCGGACGGUGAGAAUGAAGACGAGGAUGACCUAGGCGAGGAUGCGAUUGAUCUAGCUACUGCGCUGGAUCAAUAUGAAGAGGAUGAAGGGGAGGAAAAGAGGGAGAAGCAGAAGAGAAAGAAGACAACUGCUUUCGACGACAGCGACAGCGAUGAGGCGCCAAGUGAGGUUGGUGACCUCGCUGCAGACGGUGCCUCUGACUUCUCCUCUGAGGAUGACGACGAAGAUGAAGCCGAUCGAAGGGCGCAGUUGAAGGACCUAAUCACGUCCAUGGCAACAGAAGACGAACAGAACGCUCCCGCACCACGCAAGGUGGACAUCCACGAGAAUGCUGCUCCAUCUGAAUUCGGUAUUAUGCGGAAGGUCGACCUAGCAGGCUUCAAAUCGAAGAUCGCGGAUCCUGGGAGGAGAAAGUCGUUGAAACUGUUGCAAGACGACAACUCAACGAAGCGCAAUGACAUUGCCCGAAAACUGGAGGCACCCCUCCCUAAGCGACAGCAAGACAAGCUUGACCGAGCUGCCGCUGCUGCUAAAGCCAAGGAGACAUUAGACAGGUGGACAGAUACUGUGAAGCAUAAUCGCCGCGCCGAACAUCUACAUUUCGGUCCAGACCAACCAGAACCGGGCUCUCGUAUGGGUGAAAGUCGACUACUGCCUACCACCACAGCUGAGCCGGCUAAUGACCUCGAAAGCACCAUUCAGUCCAUCUUACAACAGAGCGGACUUUCGAACGGAAAGGAAGACGAAGAGAAGAUUCAGAAAUGGGAAGAGCUUCAGACAAACAAGCUUCCCCUUGAAGAAGUCCAGAAACGCCGUGCGCAACUUCGUUUGGAGCGAGAGCUUAUGUUUCGUGAGGAAGUCCGUGCGAAACGUAUCAAGAAGAUCAAGAGCAAAUCGUACCGCCGGGUUCAUCGCAAAGAGCGUGAUCGAUUGAUGGAAAAGGAGCGUGAACAGCUCAAGGCCGACGGCAUCGAUGUCUCGGAAGACGAACGAGGGCACAAUGAUCGUCGAAGAGCGGAGGAGCGAAUGGGCGCGAAGCAUCGUGAUAGCAAGUGGGCUAAGGGCGUUAAAGCCUCUGGCAGAGGUGCCUGGGACGAUGACGCUCGUGCGGGUGUGACCGAGAUGGCUCGACGUAAUGAAGAGCUUCGGCGUCGCAUCGAAGGCAAGGAGGUGCGCGAAGAAGGCGACGAAGCUUCUGACUUCUCUAGCGACGAAGACGAUGAGGACUUGACCGAUAACGAAGAAGGCACCGAGGCUGUCAAGCGUCAGCUUGCGCGCUUGGAGCAAAACCCUUUCUCUGCCAAUAAUUCCAAGCUCGGAUCGAUGGCCUUCAUGCAGAAAGCCGAAGCUGCACGGAAGGCUCGUAAUGACGAGGAUGUUGAGCGCUUACGGAAAGAACUUGCGGGUGAAGAGAGCAACAGCGACGUGGAUGACAACGCAGCCAAAGUCGGUCGCCGCAAGUUCGGACCCAGUACCACAAUGGCACCGCCAGCCAUAGAGGUCCGCAGCGAAUUUGAAGAACGCGAAGAGCUGGACAGUGAUGCACGAAAUGGCGAUGCAGCUCCAAGUGAAGAAAUCGCCACCAACGGUAAAGCUACCUUCAGCUCGAAGAGCGAGAGUAGUGAUAUAAACCCUUACCUCAUUGCAAAGAGGACCAAAAAGAUGGAUGAAGUGCCAUCUACAGACCUAGUACCAAUGGCAUACGAUACUAUUGCCGCCACCCAGGUUCAGGAAAAGCCCGCCAAGGCUUCUAAAAAGAAGUCGAAGUCGAAGCAGGAACAGUCAUCAGAUGAGUCGCUUAAAGGGGUGUUCGCCGGCAAUCCCACAAUCGGCAAAGCAGACGACGACGGUUUCCAGACAGUUACCUACGACACCGACGACAAAGAAGAUGAUGGUUGGGGCGACGAGAACGAUACUUUCGAUGCCAUCGGUCUACGGCGCAACCAACAAUUCACAGCGAGUGCCUUCGCUGGCGACAACGUUGUAGCCGAUUUUGUCGCCGAGAAGGGGAAAAUUGUCGCGGAGGAAGACGAGCGCAUCGAGGAGAAUGUUUUGCCCGGUUGGGGCGCAUGGACAGGUGACGGUCUCACCGCGUCCGAGAAGCGCAACAAAGGGCAGAUCUCUCGCACCAAAAAAUCCGGUAUUGCGCCCGGCAAGCGAAAGGAUGCGAAAUUGGCUCGCGUUAUCAUCAACGAGAAGCGCGUCAAGGCCAACGCCAAGUACAUGUCUUCGCAACUUCCGUUUCCAUUCGAGACGAAGGAACAGUAUGAGAGGAGUCUUAGGUUGCCUAAAGGCCCGGAGUGGACGACGAAGAAAACGUUCCAGCAGGCGACGAAGCCUAGGGUUAUGGUUAAGCAAGGUGUAAUCAAGCCGAUGCAUAAGCCGCUUAUCUAG